AUGAUGAUGGACGAAGAAGAUGCUCAGCCGAAGAAUUCGUCGCGGUUGCAGAUUUCUCCCCCGUGGAGUGGACAGAGUGACGACCAGCUCCGCUUCAGCGCAGGGGACCGACUGCUCGUCCUUCACAAGAGCUCCCCCCACUGGUGUUGGGCAGAACUGCACGGCCUCUCGGGCUACGUCCCGUCCAAUCACCUGCAGGCGCGCGCCCAGCAGCAGGUAGAGCAGCAGGUGGAGGUGGACUGUCCCUGGCAGGAUGAGGAGUAUUACGGAAGCUAUGGCACGCUGUAAGUCCACCUGCACGUCACCGGCUCUCUGCUUGUGGACAUGUCGCCCCGUGCAGAAGCUCCGCCUGGAGAUGCUGUCAGACAGGCGAUCUGCGCCAACAGCGCCUCUCUCAGGGGACGAGUGCUCCUGGACGUCGGCUGCGGGACAGGAAUCAUCAGCCUCUUCUGUGCCCGUUUCUCCCAGCCUGCUGCGCUGUAUGCGGUGGAGGCAAGCACCAUGGUGGUCCACACCCGCAGGCUGGUCCAGGAGAAUGGUUGUGAGGCCUUGGUGACCGUCAUUCACAGCCGUGCGGGGGAUCUGGUCCUGCCCGAGAAGGUGGACGUUCUGGUGUCCGACUGGAUGGGCAACUGUCUCCUGUUUGAAUUCAUGGUGGAAUCUGUGCUGGUGGCGCGAGAUCGCUGGCUCGAGGAGGGCGGUACAAUGUGGCCCUCGUCCGCCUCCUUGGUACUCGUACCCUGUGAGGCCCUGGCGGAAUACGAGGAGAAAGUGAGCUUCUGGAAAUGUCCUUAUGGCCUGGACUUCAGCUGCCUACAGCCCAUAGCCCAGCGGGAGUUCUUCUCCAAGCCUAAAUUCAACCAUGAAAGUAAGCCUGAGGACUGCCUGUCUGCUCCCUGCGAUGUGAUCACCUUGGACAUGCACACGGUGCAGGUUGCUGACUUGGAGAAAAUGACUGGUGAAUUCAAGUUCGGAGUGGAGAACCAGGGGACUCUGCAUGGCUUUACGGCCUGGUUCAGCGCCCGGUUCCGAAGUCUGGAGACAGGCGGUACCCCAGCGGAGCUCAACACCGGACCACAUAGUAACCCGACUCACUGGAAACGGACUCUGUUCAUGCUGGACACCCCCGUUGCAGCGCGCCCCGGGGACUCCAUUUGCGGGACCCUCCAGCUUCGGCGGAUCCCCGUGUGGAGGCGUCACAUGACUGUGACUCUGCAGUGGAGUGUGCAUGGUGAUGGUGCAGAAACCUGCAAGACCUACAAUAAGAGCUUCCCCAUGUGGAGGUGA